AUGCCCCACGCCAAUUCAACCAGGAUUAACACAACUGGUCAAAAGCAGAUGCAGCACAUCGACUCAAUGAAUCAUUUACAUCAAAGGCGGCACAGAAACUCCAUACCUCCUUGGGUGAAGCGAGCGCCGAGCUUCCCAUACGAAGACAGCUUGACAUCUAGAUCGCCCUCGAUUUUCCGAGCUUCUUUCCGGAGCUCCUCCCAACCCGACUCCUGCAGCGCGUCCAUAUCCGGAUCCUCGGGCUCGCGGAUCCGACCCGUUGAGGCGAAGUGGUUUUUCUACCAGAUUUUGGGUGUGAUGUUGAGAGUGGUGACUUGA